UCUGGCCCGGCCCGCAGUGCGCAGAGGACGCGGCGCGGGCAUGUUCCGGCUCCUGAGCCCCAGCCUGGGCCGCGGCCUGCUGCGCGCCGCGGGGAGGCGGUGCCGGGUCUGUUCGGCGCACCUGCUCCCGGGGCCGGCAGGAGGUCGGGCGCCCGAGGUGGAGGUGCCGCCGUCCCGAGUCGCGCCGCCCGGCGGGGGUUCGGGCCUGCUGCCGCUGCUGGCAGCGCUCGCGUGGUUCUCGAGGCCGGCUGCCGAGGAGGAGGAGGAGCGGCAGGGAGCGGGCGGGGCCGCCCAGGAUGCGGCGGACGCGGCGGAGGCGGAGAUCAUCCAGCUGCUGAAGCGAGCCAAGUUGAGCAUCAUGAAAGAUGAGCCAGAAGAGGCUGAGCUAAUUUUGCAUGAUGCGCUUCGUCUUGCCUAUCAGAGUGGUAACAAGAAGGCCAUCACUUACACUUAUGAUUUGAUGGCCAACUUAGCAUUUAUACGGGGUCAGCUUGAAAAUGCGGAAAAACUUUUUAAAGCAACAAUGAGUUACCUGCUUGGAGAGGGCAUCCAGCAGGAAGACAAUGCAAUAAUUGAAAUCUCUCUAAAGUUGGCUAGUAUCUAUGCUGCUCAGAAUAGACAGGAAUUUGCUCUUGCUGGCUAUGAAUUCUGCAUUUCAACUCUAGAGGGAAAAAUUGAAAGAGAAAAGGAAUUAGCAGAAGACGUUUUGUCAGUGGACGAGAAAACCAAUACCCACCUCCUCCUUGGCAUGUGCUUAGAUGCUUUCGCUCGCUACCUUCUGUUCUCCAAGCAUCCAUCACAGGCACAAAGGAUGUAUGAAAAAGCUUUGCGUAUUUCUGAAGAAAUACUAGGAGAAAGACACCCACAGACCAUUGUGCUAAUGAGUGACCUGGCGACCACCCUGGAUGCACAAGGCCGCUUGGAUGAGGCCUGUGCUUACGUGCAAAGGGCAUCAGAUCUGGCAAGACAGACAGAACAUCCUGAGCUACACAUAGUGCUCAGUAAUCUGGCUGCAAUUCUGAUGCACGGAGAACGAUAUGCGCAAGCAAAAGAGAUCUACCAGGAAGCACUGAAGCAAGCAAAGCUGAAAAGAGAUGAGGUUUCUGUGCAGCACAUCAGGGAAGAAAUGGCUGAGCUGUCCAGAAAAAGUAGACCUUGACCAAACCUCACCAAGCUCUACAUCCCUUUCUGUUGUAGGGAAUUUUCAGUAACAGCUUAUACUUCCAGUCUCAGUGGCACCCACAUCAAUGGCUUGAAUGAAUCAAAAUUAUACAUUUGUCAGAUUGGCAAAAAACAAUUUUUGGUGUGUCACAGAAUUUUAGUAAUUAGUUUGUUUGCCAUUAGAUGGAAAGGACUGAAAAUCACUGGCCUGAAUUUUGUCCUUGUUCCCUCAACUUACUCUCAGUGAAGGACAAAUUAAACACUGCCACCCCCCACCCCACCCUUUUUAAGGGAAAACAACUUGCACCUGACUGAUUUUGACUUCUGAGGAUGUCAAGUGCCGUUUAGGUCGUAGCAUCUUUAGGUGCUGUCCAUGCUGGUCUAACUACAUUACGAUGGGUCUGCUUCCCCUGGGUGGGUGAUUCACACAGGUACCUCUGCCACAAAUAGGACUGUGGUCCAUUGAUUUAUUGCCCUCUUUUACUUUAUCAACAUCUGGCAGACAAGAGAUUCCUGCCUCAUGGCAAAAGGGGAAUUAUGGUGAGUUACUUUUCUUAUAAUUUAUUUCAUGAAGCCCACUGUGCAUUUUAAUGCAUAGAGGGGGAAAGAUAAUAUCCUGUGUUUGCCACCAGUAUCCAGCAUAACGUUUUAAAGGGGAAUUAGGCAUUUGAAAGUAUAGCAUCUUAUGUGAUUAUAAAUAGAAGUGAACUAUAUGUUUAUUUAUGUAUCUAGUUAUCAGGAAAAGGGAAUGAUAUAACCUCUUGUUGUCAGUGCUAUCUGAGCACUCCACUUACUUGGCAACCCAGGCCAUGGAACGGUCACCUGCACCCAGAACAUUCUGGUGCAGGGUUGGCCCUACAGCAUCCCCAGGAGUGCCAACAUGUACUGCAGGUUCAGCAGAAGCAUUGCUGGCCUGGGUCCUAGUCCUGAUAGGUUGCUGUGUUGAAAUAACUUUAUUUUAUCCCCUCAAAGUCUAGAAAGAGUAUGCAGAUACUCAACUUUAUGAUGGAUUUAUCAUAAAUUGAAAAUAUUGUAAAAAAUGUAUUGAAUGUGCCCCAGCUAGGUGGCUCAGUUGGUUGGAGUGUUGUCCUGUGCACCAAAAAGGUUGUUAAUUCAAACCGCCGUUGGGGAGCAUAUGGGAUUUCUAUCUCCCUUCCUGUCUUUCUAAAAUCAAUAAACAUAUCCUUGGGUGAGGGUUAAAAAAAAUGUAUUCAACACAUCUAACCUACUGAACAUCAUAGCUUAGCCCAGCCAGUUUCUACUGAGUACUUAUUACUUUUUAUCAUAGUAAAUCUGAAAAAAUUGUUAAAGUCGAACCACUGUAUGUCAACUGUCUGCAAAUACAAAAUAAACAGAUGGGUGUUUUUACUUAAGCAAUCUUGCAAAGAGCCGUUUGCCUAAGGGAAACGGCCACUUUUCUAAGUACCAUGAAGGAACACUGUUGUCAUUGUAUGCCUUUGGGGUGGGUUUGUAACUGGGAUUGAUAAACUGGUAUUUUUUGGUUCCUAUGUACAUACUGGAAGAAUCCUUUCAUAAUAAA